UCAGAGAAUUGUCCUGUUGUGCUUUCCGUAUUAGGGAAGCUAUCUCAAAAGAAUUGUGCUGUUUAGCAGUCAGUCAACGCUUCUUUUAAGGGAACAUAUCCCCGCGGAUUUUCUCUUUCUAAACCACCACAGAGCGUCGGUUGUAGCAGCGUGCCGGGUGGUUAGCAUCAGCUGUUAUGGAGAGCUAAGUCGGAUAAACGGAGUCGUCAUGGUUAACGUACACAAAGGUGUCUUGGUGGAGUGUGACCCGGCCAUGAAGCAGUUCCUCCUGUAUCUGGAUGAAACCAUGGCUCUGGGGAAGAAGUUCGUGCUCAAAGACCUGGAUGACACGCAUCUCUUCAUCCUGGCUGAGGUGGUCCAAACGCUCCAGGAGAGAGUUGGGGAGCUGAUGGACCAGAACUCAUUCCCCAUCACUCAAAAGUGACAUGUUUUCUCAGACUUUUGACAGUCUGGUUGGAAUGUGAUUUCAUUUGGAAUAAAGCAAUGUUGGAAUAGA